AUGAACCCGUUUUUUGUGGACGAAGAACUGGAGGACGAGAGUCCAAAAAGACGUAAAGUAGAGCCAUCUCUCGAAGAAGAGUCCGAUUCUGAACUGUCAGACUCUUCUGAAGGUGAUUUGGAAGACAUUCCUUUGCAAUCGAACCAACCUGAUAACUUCACCAUUCAAAUACUUCCUUUAAAACGCUCCAAUGAGAAAAAGCUCCGAGCAUUGGAAGACAGACGGAAGAAGCUAUCAAUUCACUACUUGGGCAUGGUAUCAUACUUGCUCCAUAUACAUUUUCGUAACCGAUGGAUGAACCAGAAAGCAGUGGUGAAGACAUUGCGAAAGAAUCUCCCAGAGACUAUCACCAAGAAAAUAUCAAAGCUCAAGAAGAAAAUAAGGACAGACAAGGAGUCAACUCCGAAGAAUACAGAAGACAUCUACUCGCAACUACGGUUCAUCAUAAACUAUUUGGUGAAAUGGUUCCGUCAUAAUUACGAGAUUAUUUCGACUGGAAUCAGGGUUUUAGGAUACAUACCUAAUGGGGUCGGUUCCUCCAGCUACAGCGACUAUUACUCGUACAAAUGUCCACCAUUGAGUGCUGAAGCAUUUGCUAAAGUCUGUAAGACUUUUAAGCACAAUAGAGAUACUGGCGCUCAGAUAUUCACUGCUCUUCUACGAAGCGUAGGGUUUGAGUCGAGGCUAGCAUUCUCUCUUCCAUUGCUAGCGGUUUCCAAAACCACCAAAGUUUCUUCAAAACUAGACUAUGACAAGCUAGAACGAGUCAAGGACAGCGACUUGCUUUUUCCUUAUUUCUGGACAGAACUAGUGGAUCCAAUAGACCCUUCGAAACUAUUUAUAAUUGAAACUAUGUGCUUUCAUGAUAAGGAAAAGAGAGUACAGCAUCUAGGGAGGUCGGUAGAUAGCCUACUGAGCAGCUAUACGGCAGAUUUUUAUCCAAAGUCCAGCGAAUUCAACGCAAUGCAAAUGAGCCAUGUUGUAUCAAUUGGAGAAGAUGGAGGUAUGAUAGACGUUAGUGCCCGAUAUAUGGCCGAUAUAAGCUACCGGUACUUCAACCGCUUGGAUCUCCGGACCAUUCUGGGACGAAGUGAGCUUCUUUUUCAAUCUUUAAUGCGAUAUUUCAACAGAAACCAUCGAUAUACCGCUGCUGAAAACGAGGAACUUACAACCUUGAGACAAUUGGCUCUUCGUAACUAUUCCAUACCCACCAGUUACGCUGCGAUGAAACGGAGCCCCAACUUCAUUACUAGAAAGACUUUAAGGUUCAAUGAAGAGAUAUCUCCCACCGCGAAACCAGUGGGUACCAUCAAAUUGCAGUCCAAAAAGGCUAUUGAGGAAAAGCAAAAAGUAUACUCGAGGUCUUCGGUGAUGGUGGGCAGGUCUGAGCAUCAUUGGAAACAAUUGGGGAGAUCUAUCAAGCCUGAACAAGCAACUAAACCUAUGAAAAUUACAACUUCUUUAAGAUCGUGGAGGUCCCGCAAAAAUAACCAAGCAGAAGUUCCCACAAAUUUGUAUACCCUAUCCCAAACAACGAUUUGCGUACCACCACUGGUUAAUGAGAAGAAUGGUGUGCUAUUUCUUCCACGAAAUCAAUAUGGAAAUAUCGAGAUCUAUAGACCAUGGAUGGUUCCGAAAAAAACCAAAUGGCUCACUCUUUCAGACAUUGAAGGUAUAUUAUCAAGAUACAAAAAGUCAUCAUUCACUUGUCCAAUUGCGGAAGCCAUUGAGUACGUUCCUGUUGUUGUUGGGUUCGAGUAUGUUUCUCGCAAUGGUCAAGCCGUUCCAGUGAAAAAAGGUGUAAUCAUUCAUGAGCAUCAGGAAAAUGCAGUGAAGAAAAUAUGGCUUUAUGGCAUGGCAGCUAAGCAACGUGCACUCAGAAUGGAAGCCGAAUUGCAAGCGCUUCAUGGAUGGAAAACCUUGGUAAGAACAUUGCGAGUAAGGUCUAAACUUGACAAAAGAUAUGGUUCGAGCUAA